AUUUAACCUUAUCAUUUGUGUGGUUUGUGAGUACUGUACUGUAAGCCUUUGGUAUCUGCAUUCAUGGCACCUGCUGUGCAGUAUUUGGUUAUGAUUAUUAAACCCCAUGCCGUACACAAGAAGCUAAAGAUAAUCCAGACUUUAGAACAGCAUGGCUUCCGUAUAAAUGGUGAGCGGUGCAUUGAUAUCAGUUUCGACGAGGCUUGGUAUAUUUGUAAGGAUGAACGAGGAAAAAUGGCAACAGACUCUGCAUCCGUGGAAAAUAAAAUGCAAUCCCUUAUGGGCACCGCUAUUGUGUUGUUGGUCAGUCAUUUAGGCUCGGCAUUCGAAGCUGUGGCGCAUGCCUUGGGCCCGGAAGAUCCAGCGGAAGCAGUAAAGGUGAACCCUCAAUCAGUAUGCGCAAGAUUCGGGGAAACGGGUCCAUUUAAUGCAGUAAUAGCCAGCGUAAAUGCUUCUGCGGCAACAAGAGAAAUCCAACAUUUUUUUCCGAGAUUCAGUGACAUUUUCCAUGGACCGAUUUCCAAUAUUGCUGAGGAGCGAAUAGCAAUUGAUGCGUACUUUCGGGAGAAAAUGCUGCCGACACUUCUAGAUGGCUUUUAUGAUUUGUGCGUCAGAAAGCCGGCACAGCCGGUGCCACACCUAUCUGCUUAUCUCUUGAAUAACAACCCAAACCAUCCCAAAAUAUUCAAGCCGGGUGAAUAUGUUUUUGGUAUGAGCUCACCGUCAGGACUAACAAGGGAAGUUGAACAAGAAACGCAAAACUAUGCUUUUUGCUCCCAAAACCGACGAUGAUGUUUAAAUAAUUGUUGAUACCUGGGCAUUCCCUGUCGCGACUGAAACGUAUUUCGUAAUCGAAAUGUUUAUAUUAUGGCACCAUCCCAAAUUGCGUCAUCAGAACAAGUUAGGAUUCAACGCUGAUGCAGACAUUUUACUGCGCUUGUCGUAUACUGCAGUGAUUGCACAUCCCAUGUCAUACAGUAUAAACUGAGCAUAAACUUUUCAAUACAAAAACCGCAAGAGUACGAAACGAAAAUAAAACUUGGCAGUACUCUAAU